AUGAUCACAACAUUGACCAUAAUUGGCAUUCACACGAUAUCUCUGGGGCGAACUGCAUGUACAAAUCUGACAGGUUCUCUUGGUGCCGAUAAAGUCGAUAGCAACCCGCUAGAUUUACGCUAUAUCGAUAGUCGAGAAGAUUACUGGAAUGUGCUUCAAAGCAACUACCAGCCCUCGUGCAUUGUCUACCCGACAUCUGCACAGGAUGUGUCGAUUGCUGUGCAAGCCAUCCGGUUAUCUGGCAGUCGCUUUGCUGUCAAGGCUGGCGGUCAUAACACCAAUAACUUUUUCUCCUCGGUUGAUCAGGGAGUUCUAAUCGAUCUAGGCUCUCUAGAUGCAAAAUCAUACGAUUCAUCUACUACUCUCGCUACAUAUGAGCCCGGCAGUACAUUCGGCGAGCUGUAUGACUACUACGCCCAAUUCGACCGCACUGUGCUCGGUCCUACACUCGCUGGCGUUGGAACGGGUGCCGCUCUGGGUGGCGGCUUGAGUUAUUUGUCGCCCCAAUAUGGAAUGGCCUGCGACAAUUUCCGCGAGCUGGAGGUCGUUUUACCGAGCGGAGAGAUCGUAGCUGCUUCCGCCAAUUCUUACCCAGAUCUCUUCUUUGGUCUUCGAGGAGGAGGAGGCAAUGCAUAUGGAAUAGUAACGAAAUAUACGGUUCAAAGUCGACCGGCCGGGAAGUUUGCUGCCGGAAAUAUCAUUUAUCUAUUCGAACAGACCGAUGCUGUGGCAGAUGCUAUCAGCGAUUUCAUGCAAUACAACCCAGAUCCAAAAGCAAGUAUUGUUGCGACGUACUUGAAGCUACCAACACCGGAUCUGUACUUGAAUCUCGAUGAGGUGAUUUUAUUGUUUCUUGUUUAUGACGGCCUGGAUGCUGGUGACGUUUUUAACAAUUUUACGAGCAUCCCCUAUUUGUUAAACACCAUGGCCACGAGGACAUACCCGGAAGUAAUUAACAUGCCUAUACCUUUCCUCACUCAGCUAACACGCGGAGACAACAUUUUCCGUGUCGGCGUGCACCGAGUCACCGACGAUAGCUAUAAAACAUCAAUUGACGCAUGGAGAAACUGGGCCGAGACUAAUAAAGGGCGAUACGAGCUUCUUUCAUUCGACUACGAACCCGUCCCGCAGAGCUUGACGGACGCUAGCAACGCUCAGAAUGGUGGAAAUGCAAUGCAGAUGCCUGAUGGGCCCUGGUUCUGGAUUAGCUAUAUCCUUGAGACUCCACCCGGUAUGUCUCAAGUCGAUUAUGAUGCCGUGCAGGAUAGUUUUCGGGGCAUGGUUGACUCUGUUGGUAACGCUGAGGGGCUACCAUUAUUUAUUAAUGACGCUAGUGUUGAUCAAAAUCCGUUGUCGUCUUUUUCGACAUAUGCUGAGCUGCAGAAGAUAAAGAAAAAGUAUGAUCCUGACGGCUUCUUUGUAGAAAAGACUGGGGGAUGGUCUUUCGCAUGA